AUGAGCACAAGAGAACUAAUGUCCUGGCGAUACCAACAAUUGAGCCAGCAGAGGGCCUCCAGACGUGGCUGGAAAGUUCCUUACCUCGUCCAUUUUGUCGUCUGGCCACCGUGCGGAGAAAUGAAUUAUUCUGUACCCCGAUGUUCACGAAAGAAGCACCGCGUCUGUGCGUUCAGACAUCGGCAACACGUGCGCCCAAGCCCUCAUAUGCUUGCAUAA